CCGACCGCACGAACAAAGUUCAAAUUUCAGUUUAAAUUAGAACUUUUACUGCGCUGCCAUUUUGAAGUGUGUGAUAUUUUGUUUUUAAUUGUUUCUUUUUUAAUUGAUUGAAAGAGUUCGGAUAUGACUUUGUGAAAGUGAUCAAGGAUUUGACUUGCUGUGUCGGAAAGUUUAAUUAAGUACUUACCUUGGUAGGUAGUAGUAGUGUCAGUGGUAAUAAGGAAUUUCCUAUCAGUGGUAAACACCAGCGAGCAGGCGACUUAGAUAGGAUGUAAGGACUAAUUAGGGAUGCACUAUGUUCUAUCAAGAUGAGACGAACGUUAUCGAUGUUUAUACGACGAGUACGUUCAACUUCACCCUAGCGAAUGACGGUACAAGUUUCGCGAGUGAUAAUGAAGAUGCGACUUCUACUUCGAACUCAACGUGGCCUGAAUAUGACCCUGCUGCGUGCUCAGUGACCGAGAACGACUUUCUUACGUCGACGGUGUUCCAAGCGUGCGUGUACGUAAUGUAUAGUGCGGUGUUCGUGGUGGCACUGCUGGGCAACGGGCUGGUGUGCUGGGUGGUGCAGACGUCGCCGCGCAUGAAGACCGUCACCAACUACUUCAUCGUGAACCUGGCCGUGGGCGACAUCCUCAUGACACUGUUCUGCGUGCCAUUCACGUUCGUGUCGACCCUCGCGCUGCGCUACUGGCCAUUCGGCGCGCUCAUGUGCAAGGUGGUCAACUACUCGCAGGCCGUGUCGGUGCUGGUGAGCGCGUACACGCUGCUGGCCAUCUCCAUCGACCGCUACAUGGCCAUUAUGCGGCCGCUGCAGCCGCGGCUGGGCCGCGCGCACGCCAAGCUCGUUGUCGCCGCCGUCUGGGCCGGCGCGCUCGCCACCGCCGCGCCUAUACCCAUAGUCUCACAGCUGCGACGACCCUCUCCGUGGCAUCAGUACUGCCAAGCAGAUGUGUGCCUCGAGCAAUGGGAGAGGGCUGGGCAAAGCGAACAGUACACUUGCGCUUUACUUGCGCUCCAGUUUGCGCUGCCAUUAUGCGCCUUAAUAUGCACGUAUGCGCGCAUAGCGCACGCAGUGUGGGGCGGUCGACCGCCGGGCGAGGCGCAGACUGCACGAGACUCGCGCCUCCAACGAUCGAAGAGAAAAAUGAUAAAAAUGAUGGUGACAGUUGUUGUGGUGUUCACAGUCUGCUGGUUACCUCUAAAUGUGUUCAUUGUACUUUGGACUGUCCAUGAAGAAGACGAGAGUUGGGGCACGUGGCCUGGCAUGCCAUACGUGUGGUUCGCGAGCCACUGGCUGGCCAUGUCGCACUCCUGCUACAACCCCAUCAUCUACUGCUACAUGAACACCAGAUACCGCCGCGGAUUCAAACAGGCUCUUUGCUGUUUAUUAAGGAUUCGCAUGGACGCCCGUUCUUAUCGUCGUUCUACUAGCAUGUGUGAAGGACUACCUAUGUCAGAAAUGAUCGGUCUGAAUGGCAUCGGCCGCCGGGGGACCAACAGUAGCUGCGUGAGUCGACUGCACCGUGUACCUACGUGCACGUCGUCUACGUGUGCGUCCGUGCGCCGCACGCACAUCGCACGUGCGCACACGCCGACGCCGCCUGUGCGCGCGCUGUCCGUGCGCACACACUUCAACUGAAUCUGACUAAUCAUUGUCAUAUUUUUGCUGUUCAUUAUUGUGUAAAAGAAGAUUAAGUAUUACACCUA